UCUUACUUUCGAUACACACCAAUACGAACGAAUCAUUACAUUAUUUCAUCGGUAUCUUUCAAGAACCUGAAAUAUAGUGCUUUUUGUUGCGAGCUAAUCUAUAAACAGUUUCGAAUUAAACUGCUUGAAAACUACGCAUUUCGGCGCCAAAAUGGGUCUUAACGGAUGUUGUGGUAUUAUUAAGUACUUGGUGAUUUUGGUCAACUUGGCAUUUUGGCUUAUCGGAUUCGGAAUUGUUUUACUGGCAAUAUGGAUGUUAACCGACCCUACGUUUUUGAUUUCGAUGACUCAGAACGAAAAUAACUAUUUCAUUGGGUUAUACAUACUACUAGUAGUUGGCGGACUCAUGUUAUCUGUUGCAUUUUUGGGAUGUUGUGGAGCCUUCAAAGAAUCUCAAUGCAUGCUGUUUUCGUUUUUCAGUUGCCUUCUAAUAGUACUUGUUGCGGAGAUAGCAGCCGGAGCUUGGGCCUACCAUAACUCUGCUAAGUUAGACUCUUAUGUUCGUUCUGCUGUCAAAGAAGCCGUGCAAGAUGAAUAUUCUGUUGUGGCUACAAGAACAACAACCAUGGAUUCUAUCCAAAAAUAUUUCCAUUGCUGUGGAGCAGAGGGCCCUAACGAUUGGCAGAGCAGCGUGUACAACAAUGCUGACAGAUCUUCAAUAAUCAAUAUCGCUAUAUCAAAACUGAACGUCGCAUAUAAAGUUCCGGAAUCAUGCUGCGUGGAAGGAUUGUCUGCAGCACAAUGCAAUGAUGCACGCAACACAGGUUUAAUCACAUCAAUUAUCAGAGCAGAUAUUUACAACGAUGGUUGUAUGGAAAAACUAGUCAACGAAAUAAAAAAGAAUAUAAAACUGGUGUAUAUUAUCGGCGCUGGUGUCAUUGGAGUAGAAGUGUUAGCGUUGAUAUUCGCUUUAUUCUUAUGUUGCGCUAUUCGACGAAACAACAAUUACAAAAAUUAAAUCAGAUGCAUAACAUAAGGCAAAGAAACAAAAUUAUAUAACGCAUAGUUUUUUGCACAACCAUGACAGUAACGUACAAGUGCGUAAUAUUUGAAAAGAUAUUCCAAUGAUUUUAUAAAUACCGUACAAUUUUCGAAAAAAAAACAAACUGACAAACAUUACACAAAGAAACUUAUGGUCUUUUCAACGGUUGAAUCAGGAUCAGGCAAAAUCAUUUGUUAACAACUUUCAUGCUGUUUCGAUACGAAUUAUGUGUAUUCUACUUUAGGGUUAAAAUAAAAUCUGUCCGACUUAAUUGAUGUUAAGCACAAAAAACAAUAAUUUAUGGGUCGAAAUUAUCGAAAUAGAACGUUUGUUAGCCUUUCCACAAUGAAAAAAAAUCAACACUUGUUCAUAGUUAUAGAGAUUAUAUUACAAGGCCUUGCUUUUAAUUUCUAAGUACUGGAAAUAAUGUGUGUGUUUCAGCAGUUAUAUAUUUUUAUCCCCAUUGUCCCCAAUAUGGUAAUUGAUAAAUGAAAAAAAAAAACAAUUGGAAUUAAUUUGAAAUUUAUGAAGUUUUCUGUUAUUUUGUUAUUUAAUAGCUAUAUAAUUUUGAGUACCCAAUACAAAUCUAAUUACUGAUCAAAUUAAAUCCAGCAAUCCAAAAUGAACAAAAAACUUUUACCAGAAAGGCAAAAAUUAACAGCAAAAUUUGUGGUUCACAAAUCAUUCUUUAGUCAUGAAAAUAAAAAAAAGUAGAUGCAAGAUAAAAAUUACAAUCACAUGCCAACGCAUGAUAGCGUUUAGUUGUAAUUGAAGCAGCGCUUAUAAUAUCAUACAAAAUACUUUCGUGCAUGAAUGAAAUUAAAUAAAUUCGAUUCUAAAAUCAAAUUGCUGCAAAACUAUGAAUGGAGGCACUGACAUGUUCGACCUUUGAACAAUAGACUUCAGAACACGUAUUUUCAUUGAAUAUUACUUCGGUCGCUACGCUGUGCAUAAACACGAAUAAAAAGCUUGCUUGUACCUAAAGCAUGGGCAAAUGUGUGCAAGUGUCACAAAAAUACGCGAUUCACAGUACAUUGUAUGUUGCAAUAAAGUUAUUUAGGUAUUGCUUGGGAAUACUCGUAUAUAUUCGAAGAAUAUAUAAAUGAUCACGUUCGCAUUCGUUCUAGCUAUGUAUUGAAUUGAUAUUCUUCCAUAGUCAAAUUCAACAGGAUGCACAUUACCGUUACAAUGCAUGUAAUUAGCACAUAGGAUACUGCAAAGCCAAAAUAAUUGUGCCAAUCUAGGCGGUCAUAUACUAUAAAGGAUUAAUUGUAGUUAUCUUAGCUGUAAGAAGAUAAAAAUAUUUUUCAGCGUCAAUCAUAUAUAUAUACAACGAUAAAAAAAGGUAAUUAAGAUAAAUCAGUAAAGACAAUUUUGCGUUAAAGUAUUAUAAUUAUAUGAAUUCUGCUCAUAAUGUCUUAAAAUAAAUUCGCCAAUGCUCAGCUUCAUAUACAGUAUUCAUAAAUGUUAUACAUAACGUGAGUCUCAUAAUUUCCAAUGCUUUUCCUAGAGACUGCAUAAAGAAUUACUAAACAUACUGAGAACCAUUGCUUGAUUCUGAUUAUUCGCUUUUUAAAAAUAAGAGUUUAAAAAUUUCCCUGAGUGCAUAAAUUGCCAUUACAACAAGGUGUUCAAGAACGCAUUUCCCGAUAUAUGAAAUUCAGAAUCUCAAAAUUGAAUGUUCAUUGAAACGAGAAGCUUUUCUAAUGUAAUUAAACAAACAGAAGGACCUGUAGGAACAAUACUGAAAAAUAAGUUUUACAAGAAAGGCACAAAGUAUAAACUAUUUACAUUUAAUUUAUUACCAUUUUUAACUAACAAGAAGUAUUCCUCCAAAAAGAA